AUGUCCAACUACAACGGCCGCCGCGGCCCCAAUGUGUCGCAGUAUCUCCGCGACCUCAAUGCCAUCAACCGCCAGGAGACUUCCAAUGACGAGCCCUUCAACAUGGAGGAGGACCUUGCUCUGUUCACCAACACCCAGUUCUUCGACUUCGAGACUGGUCAGAACACCGACUACCAGGCCCAUCCCGUCAAGACUGACAUGGAGGCUCCCCCGAGCACUUCGCCUUCCGACGGCAUGACCCCGGCACCCUCUGUCGUGGGCGACCUCUCCAACUUUGAUUUCAUCCAGGGUGACUUUAGCUUCCCCGAGUUUACCAGCGCCUAUCCGUCGACCCCCUUGAACGGCUUCGCGGAUGGUGCUCAGAACUUCCAGGCCAUGCAGCCCAACCCUUCUGCCGCCUAUCAGCCCGUCCCCCAGCAGCAGCAACAGCCUGCCCACUAUGGCCAGCAACCCGCCCCCCAGUCCGCUGAGAAGCGCAAGUCUGAGAGUGGUCCCGGCGUGGGCCGCUCCCUGAACUUCGAGGAAGCCUCCCGCCAGGCUGCCGAGGAGGACAAGCGGAGGCGUAACACGGCCGCCAGCGCCCGCUUCCGCAUCAAGAAGAAGCAGCGCGAGCAGGCCCUCGAGAAGUCGGCCAAGGAGAUGUCGGAGAAGGUCACCUCCCUCGAGAGCAAGGUGCAGCAGCUCGAGAUGGAGAACAAGUGGCUCAAGAACCUCCUCGUCGAGAAGAACGAGGGCAACGACGAGAUCGUCACACUGUGGAAGGAGUUUGCCGCCUCCAAGACUGGCGGCGACAAGAACAAGCCCGAGUCAAAAUCUGACUCCCCCGUCAAGGAGGAGACAAGGUAA